CAGGGUGUUAUAGCUGCUCUACAUGACGCUAGAAGUAGUAGGCCUAGUUGUAUUCAGAUAUAGUAGAGGGGAUGUGGUUGUUACUACUUAUUCUUUUGUUUGGAGUUCUAGCUUUUUUACUUAAAAGUUACUUACAGCAUAAAGUAUCUUUGUCGGGAGCUCAUGUUAUGAUAACGGGAGGAUCUAGCGGAAUAGGGAAAGCUGUAGCUGUUGAUGCUGUUUUUAGAGGAGCAAGCGUAACGUUGCUUGCAAGAAAUGAGGAACGUUUGGAAGCAGCUCAAGAAGAACUACUAAGAUUUGUUCGAGAACCAGACAAACAAAAAAUACAGAUAUUUUCCGUAGAUGUCACUAAGAAUUACAAUGCCAUAGAAGAUGCUGUAAAUAUGGCCCAAGAAAAGGCAGGUCCUAUUUUCAUGCUUGUCAACUGUGCAGGUACAUCUGUUAGUUAUCGUUUUGAAGAGACACCACUUGAAGAUUUUCAGGUCUCAUCAGUGUCAGUGGUUAACUACAACAAUAAAAUCAAAUGGUUUCAAGUCUGUGUAAACUUUAGACUCUACCAAAAAUAAAACCAAGCAUCAAUGUCAGCAGUUAACUACAGUGGGAAUAUCUAAUGCUUUCAAGUCCAUUUCUAUGUAAACUUUAAACUCUUCAUAAGAUAAAACUAAAUAGUGACUCUAGUUUUAGAAAUAACUGCCUCAAAAUUCUUUUUUUUAUGUAUA